CCGAGCGCGCGGCCGGACCCGUCGCUGGUGGAGGUGCAGCAGCUGGGCAGCCGGGGCUUCACCCUGCGCUGGCACUUCCCGGGCAACUGCAGCGCGGCCAACGGCGCCCUCGACGGCAUGCACUACGCCAUCCGCCCCGCCGCCCGCCCCGAGGGCCAGGGCGAGGACGAGAGCGAGGACGAGGCCGGGGCGCGGGGCGAGGCGGGCUUCUCGGGACUCGUCAUGGGCACGCGCCAGCGCUUCAGGGACCUGCGCCCGGCCACGGAGUACGCCAUCACGCUGCACCUCGUCUCGCCCGCGGGUUGGGACCCCGCGCUGGGCACAACCAUCUUCGUCACCACGCUGCCGGAAGGAGCGGAGGAAGUGCGCGUUCACGAGGCGACGCGCGACAGUGUGUCGUUGCGCUGGCUGCCGCCCGAGGGCAGCACUUUUCGUAGCGUGGCGGUGACGACCCUGGCGGCCGGCGGGCGCAACGAGAGCGCUGCUGCGUGGUCGGAACCCUGCCCGCGUUGGCCCGCCAUGCGAUGUCUCACGCUCUCCCGCCUGCAAGCCGACACGCGAUACGAUAUCUGGGUACACAUCUCCACGCUCAACAACACUGAAGUUCAAGUACAUACAGUUCAUCUGGAGGCAAAAACCACCGAAGGAAGCCCCAGCGCGCCGCGUGAGCUGCGCGCGGAGGCGCUGUCGGCGACGGCGCUGCGCCUGCGCUGGCGCGCGCCCGCGGUGCGGGGCGGCGUGCUGCGCAACUUCGUGCUCAUCGUGCACCACGUGCGCUCGCACGCGACGGGCGCCUGCUGCGUGCGCAACCGCAUCGAGGUGGUGGAGGUGCCGCCGGCCGACGCCGAUCGACAGGACCUCUUCGAGUACGAGGUGACAGGGCUGCCGCCGGCGUCGACGUUCGGGGUGUCCCUGUCGGCGGUGACGGCGUCCGCGGGCGCCGCCGCCAACACCACCGCGCACACGGCGCCGCUGCUGCCGCUGCUACCUGCUCCGUUGGCGGCGGCGUCGCCGCUGAAGCUGGUAGCGGGGCCCGGCGCCUGCCUCCGCGCGCGCCUGCCGCCCGCCGCCGCCUCCGAGGAGUGGUCGCCUUGGGGGAAGCCCGUCAACUCCAACUCCACUUCCCCCCCCGCGCCCGCCACCACCCCCGCCAGAGCCCUGCCCGAGGAGCUCUUGCGCGUACUGCCAGAUGACUACACCGCCCUGCACGAGGCACAGGAGGCGGAGGACGGGACGGUGUGCGUGGGCGGCGCGGCCGGCGGCGGGCAACGCGCGGGGCUGGCGCUGUUGCUGCAGUACGCGACCGCCGCCUCGGCUGCCGUCUGGCGCAGCGACGCCUUCGACCUGCUCGAUUGCUUCCACGCCCCCGCCCCCGCCCCCUCCCCCUCCCCAGCCGCCUCCGCCGGCGCCUUCGUCUGCCUC